AAAAGGAAAAGGAAGAUUUAGCAAGACUUAUCAGCUCUGAUGAGCCAAUUGUAACUCAAAAUCAACAAUGGAAGAAUUGGUCACAAGAUAUUGUUUUUACAUCAAAGUAUACUACCUAUCCAAAAAGCCUUGAUGAGCUGAUUUUUUUUGUAAAAAAAGCAGUAAACGAAAAGUUACAUAUUCGGUAUGCUACUGAAGGACAUUCCUGGAGUUCACUCUCAAGAACAAAUAGCUUUUUGCUUGCUCUUAAAGAUAAUUUAUCGAAAAUUACUGCGGAAUAA